UAACCUUAAAUAACAAAUCGAAGGGGCUAGGUUAAGGUUGCGGGUGGUUUAAUCGUGGUGUUUAGAGACAGAGGAAGAGAUAAAUAAUUUCGAUAGAGGAAGUUUGAAGGUACAAUGGCACGGCGAGAGCUUUCUAGCACGUUGAAGAACUUGAAGUUUAUGCAAAGGUCAUCUCUGAGAGAGAAGACUGAGAAAGAAGAAGAGGUCAAACUUGAUGUCAAUGUUGGCGCAUCCACGGCGGUUACUAAAAGAUGUGUGGUCAUAAUGGAAGGUGAUCCCCAUCCUGGUGCACCUAAAGGUCGAAUGUCAUUUCAAAAAUUUAAUCCUUCUGUUGAUAAAUUGAAUGAGGAAGAAGCAAGACUACACCAGCCAGCAUCUGAAACUACCAUGUCUAGAAAUCAGAACGUAAAUGUCUCUUUCAGAGAAAAUAACUCUUCAGUAGAAAAUCCGGAAUGUGCCAACAUGGACAAAAAGAAUUUUGAGGUUAAAGGCAAUGUUAAAAGGAAACAGUCAGAAGUAAUUGGUGCAGCACAAUAUCCCAACAAAUCACCCAAGAAUGAUCAUGAUGGCAAACAAUCUUUGCCUAUCAAUAGUUUGGGCUCUUUUAAAAAACCAAGUGGAGAUAAGCUAAACUGGAACUUUCUUAGACCAUCUAGUGUCAAACAAUAUUGAUGAGUUUAUUGAUUAUUUGAUAGCAUACAAAUUAUGCUAGGUUUGGUUCUGUUUCAGGCCUUGGGCAUUUAUAUCCGUAUUUGUGCUUCUAUUAGGCCAUUUUUCAUUGGUUUAAACCUUCACGAUUUGUUAUUAAGAUUCAGAAUUUAGCCUGAUUUAGAUUAUUACUUAUAGAUGAAAGGGCCAAAUCAGAAGCCUUAUUAUUGUUUUUUUUUUAUCACUAUGUAUUGUAUUUUCUGAAGCUGUUGGU